AUGACAAUGCGACCCAAGGGCUGCGUGGUGCUGCAGAUGAUUUUGUCCCCCAAUCUGGACUUCCAAAGGACGGCUCGGGAGUUUGCUGCCAAAGAGCUGAUCCCCAAUGCAGCGAAGUGGGAUGAAGAAAAGCACUUUCCAGUGGACACGCUCCGCAAGGCCGCUCAGCUUGGAUUUGCAAGCGUCUACAUCUCAGAAGACAUGGGCGGCACUGGGCUGACGCGCAGCGAUGCAGCAAUCAUCUUUGAGGCGCUGGCCUAUGGCGACAUCAGCACCACAGCCUACCUCACCAUACACAACAUGGUCUCAUCCUGCAUAGACAGGUACGGCACUGAUGCACAGAGGCAGCGCUUCCUGCCUCAGCUGAUUAGUCUGGAGGCAUUCUCAUCUUACUGCCUGACAGAGCCUGGCAGCGGCAGUGACGCCGCAUCUCUCAGCACCACAGCAAAGAAGGAUGGCACUGACUAUGUCCUGACGGGAUCCAAGGCGUUCAUCAGUGGCGGAGGGGUUUCAGAUCUGUACCUGGUCAUGGCGAGGACCGGUGCACCGGGGCCUAAAGGCAUCACGGCGUUUCUUGUUGAGAAGGGGUCUCCUGGGUUGAGCUUUGGGAAGCAGGAAGCCAAGAUGGGCUGGAAUGCUCAGCCGACCUGCUCAAUCAGCCUGGAUGGGGUGCGAGUGCCACAAGAGCACCGCCUGGGAGAGGAGGGCCAGGGCUUCAGCAUUGCCAUGACUGCAUUGGACGGCGGCCGCAUCAACAUUGGGACCUGCAGCGUUGGCGGGGCAGCCUUCUGCCUGGACAAAGCGAUGCAGUACGCCUCAGAGCGCAAGCAGUUUGGGCAGCCCAUCAGCCAAUUCCAGGCUGUCCAGUUCAUGCUUGCAGACAUGGCCACCGCCGUGCAUGCCUCUCGCCUCAUGGUCAGGCGGGCAGCUGAGAGCUUUGAUGCUGGCGCUGAGUCGGCCACCUUAGAAUCUGCCAUGGCGAAGCGCUUUGCCACGGACGCAUGCUACAGCGUUGCAGACGAUGCUGUGCAGGUGCUGGGAGGCUAUGGGUACCUGAAGGAGUAUGGCGUGGAGAGGGUAAUGCGGGACCUGCGCGUGCACAAGAUUCUGGAGGGCACCAACCAGAUCAUGGAUGUCAUCAUAGCCCGCGAGCUCAGCCGCCGUCAGCGCUGA